CUUGUAUAGUACAAGCUUCCUAGAUAAGAUUACAACACAAAUUAAUUUAGAUAACCACAUAUUUACAACAGAUUUUUUAUUUUUUUUUCGACAAGAUAGAAAAUUAGAUGAUGGGAAAUGGGAUAGCAACCGUCUUUGGUGUUAAAUCACAUCACAUGGGGUUGUAUCGUCAAAUGUAAUCAGCUGGGUGAAAUGUUCCAAAUUCGCGCUACAAGUCCCUCCACCUCCGCGCUCGCCUCUCUUACCAGAACGCAGUUGUUCACACGAACAAGAACAACAAUGUCCAAAACACCACGAUUCUUAAACCCAGGAGUCUCCGACGCCGCUGUUUCAAACGGACGGAGCAAGAGACUGAAAACGACGGAGCAACGACUUGAGAUAGUAGCAAAACCCCACCAAAUGGAUCUCCUACCUGACAUUGAAGAAUUUGCUUACAGAAAUGAGAGCUCAUCUUCUUACUCAACUGAUAUAGGUAAGCCACCUGCUCACUGGGAGAAGGUCCUUGAAGGGAUUCGCAAAAUGAGGUCGGCUGAAGAUGCUCCUGUAGACAGUAUGGGUUGUGAGAAAGCCGGAAGUGCUCUCCCUCCUAAGGAGAGAAGAUUCGCUGUCUUGGUAUCCUCCCUACUGUCAAGCCAAACGAAGGAUCAAGUAACACAUGGAGCAGUUCAGCGUCUCCUUCAAAAUGGUAUGCUCUCUGCUGAUGCCAUUGACAAAGGUGAUGAACCAACAAUUAAAAGCUUGAUUUACCCGGUUGGCUUUUAUACAAGAAAGGCUAGCAACUUGAAGAAAAUUGCAAACAUUUGUCUUGUCAAGUACGAUGGAGAUAUACCUAGCUCAUUGGAGGAACUACUCUCACUUCCAGGAAUAGGUCCUAAGAUGGCCCAUUUGGUUAUGAAUGUCGCUUGGGACAAUGUUCAAGGGAUUUGUGUAGAUACCCAUGUGCACCGGAUAUGCAACCGCCUUGGCUGGGUGCGGGCAGGCAAAAAACAGAAAACAUCAAACCCUGAGGAAACGAGAGAGGCAUUGCAAUUGUGGCUUCCAAAGGACGAAUGGGUUCCCAUAAACCCUCUUUUGGUAGGAUUUGGACAGACAGUUUGCACUCCGCUCAGACCUCGCUGUGGAGUCUGCAGUGUGAGUGAAUUCUGCCCAUCUGCAUACAAAGAGACUUCAAGUCCAUUAUCCAAGACAAAGAAAUCUGGUUCAAGCAAGAAACUUUGACAAGUUGAUUCUCAGAGGGAGAGCAAGGGCAAGUUUAUGUUUGCUUCUGCCUGCUUUUUCUGCAUAUUCCGAUAGGAUGUCAUAGGUUCCUAAAUAGCAAUGUAAUUGUUGAUGCAAGGUAGGAGAAAUGACAUGGACCGAAGGGGAUAAACUGGGAUCUUAUUUUGUG